AACAGCCGUUCAGAAUGACAUUUUUGCAACACCUUUAUUUUCAAAAGUCGAACAACGCGUUUUACCUGGAGGUCCGUCCGAUCCUGCUUUUGUUCAGGAUAUUCGCUCGGAUGACAUACGACAUUAAAGACGGGACAUUGAUCUGUCGUCCUCGUCUUAUUGCCUCGUUGGCCUGGUUUAUUUUGUACGGAGCCCAGUUCUACGUGACUAUCGACCUUUUGAUGGGGCUCACCUGGCACUUGAAACAAGAGAAAAAUUUCAUAACCAGCAUUGUUAUGACAGUCACACUCGUCUUUAUACUCAUGCAUCUCUUUCUACCUAUCUCUCUAAUUUUGGAGAGCGAUCAUAUUUGUUCUUAUGUCAACAGAUGGGCUGAUUUGCAGGUACAGUUUUACAAAGCGACAGGAAAAAAGUUUAUCCCGAAAUAUAGAAAGUUGCUAUAUGUGCUUCUAGUAAUCACACCUUUUCACGAGAUGCUGGCAAUAUGGAUAAGCCAGAGUGUACUGUACUACGAUAGAUGGUACCACUUAGUGCUUUAUUUCUCAACAUUUUUUGUCUGCCAAUUGAACACGCUGUUUUGGGCGAUUUCUUUCUUUGAAAUGGCGCAUAUCGCAUCCGAAAUAAAGGAAGGACUCAGAACGAAUUUCAGAAGUUUUGGAGGAUACAGCAAUAUUGCUAACUUGAGAAGUCUCUGGGUUUCUUUGGUCGACCUAUGCGCCGAUCUCGGACGAGCACUCUGGAGGACGAUGAUAAUUUUGAUGAUCGUCAACUUCGGUUCCAGUGUUGCAUCGGUCUAUGCUAUCAUCAGCCAUUUCAUUUCAGGGAGUCCGGGCAUUUGGACGUUUGUAAUGGUGUUGUUUUGUAACGGCACCGCUAUCCUACUCAUGGUAGAACCGGUGCACAUGGCCAUGUUAAAGGCCGGGCAUGGUGUUUAUCAAGAACUCUUGGAAUUCAACGUCACGAAACUGGGAGGAACUUCAUUUGUCCAGGUUGAUAAGUUCCUACAAGUUGUAAAAGGGAUAAACCCUCGAGUUACACUGGGAGGAUUUUUCACCAUCGACCGAAGCCUCCUUACCACAAUUGCAGGAGCUUCAGUCACUUAUUUGAUUGUUUUGAUCCAGUUCAGAAUUCCCUCAGAAAAUAUGUAAAACCAAACAAAUAAAUAGAACUUGUAAGUUUUCUUGUAGUAUUAAUCGUUGAA